AUGCUGGGUGUAUCUCGUAUUGACUUAAAUGAUUCAGAUCAGGGAAUUGUUAGUGUUCUAAAUACGCUUUCAGAUAUCUUUCAAAUUCAACUUUUCAGUGAUAUAUCAACAUAUUUUCUAACCAACAAACCUAAAAAUCUUUCAAGAGGACCCAGUUCAAAUUCUUUUAAUGAAAAGAAAGAAGCAGAAAAUCUAUCUCCAGAUCCAAUAAAGAAGUAUUUUGGUAAGAUUUACAGUAUAAUUGAAAGCGCGUCAAGCAACAAUGACCAAGAUACAUUGAAAUCUUUUGUCAGUCACAAAUUUGUCGAUGUUACUUAUAAAAAUUGCAAUAUUUUACAAUAUUCUGCUUUGGUUGGCUCAAAAAAUACAUUUAUGAAACUUAUUGAAGCUGGAGUUCCAAUUACUCCUGUUCCGAAUUCAAAUUAUUCUGUUUUACAUCUUUUUUGUUAUAGCGGAUGUGUCGAUGGUAUUAGGUACUUAUUGGUCAAUCACAAGUCUGAUAUAAAUGCAAAAGAUUCCGAAGGUUACACUCCAUUACACGUAGCGGCCAUCCGAAAUAAACCAGAAGCAUGUGAAGAGUUACUAUCUUAUUCAAAAAUUAAAAAGAGUGUCAAAAAUAAUGACAGAAAAACUCCAUUCAUGCUUGCAGUAGAAAGAAAUAGUGAGGAUGCUAUCAAAGUACUUAGAAAACACCAGUGUAAAUAA